GUGUCUUGGCAUGAUGAAUUUACACAAUUUUUCGAUGGAAUAGGCUUGACGGAAACCAGCAAAUGUUUCAAUGCUGAACUCAUUGUGCUGUCACGGAACCACCUUGAACGAUUACCGCUGGAACUUGAAAAACUUGUUGAACGAUUACUCCAAUCACUUGAACAACAUGUCAAUGUCAAAGAAAAAGAAGAAGAAGAAUCAAAUUUAGCAAAAAACGAUAAUAAAACUGAACCAGCGCAACAUUCUGAUGAGCAAGAAUCGAAGCUCUUAUUCUCCAAGAAGCGGAAACGACAAGACGACGACGGCAGUGGCACAGACGAAAGAGACGAACAAGAUCGUAUUCAACAACAUAUGGACAGUGACCAAAUCCAAAUUCGUGCAACGAACGAUGAAAUACAACAGCGGAUACAGACGUUUAUUCAAGCCAAACAAGCCGAAGUGGAUGCUAGCAACCGCACAGAAUUCCUAAACCGUGUGGAUCCAACCAGCGCGGAUGUAACAUGUGCACGUGCGGACGCGCGAGAAAUCAACCGCAAUAUCCAGAUGAAGUUUGACAUUGUCAACAACGAAGACGGACCAUUGGCACGAUCGCUCAUGUCGUCGCACGAGCACGUCCAAGUAUCGACAGCAGCAGCAGCAGCAGCAGGGGAUCAGACAGCAGCGAGUGACGAGCGGAUACGCAACAUUGAACAACAUCUGAACGUAACAUUCGACGACCAUGCCAUACCUCCUUUCUCUCUGCACGAGCGGAUCAAGAUUUUGGAAAAUACGUUGAUGGAUAUCGAGAGAGAGCAUCCGAAAUGGGCGGCAGUGCAUUUCCAGCAACCCAAUCGCAAGUUUCCGCCACCGCCGGCAGCGACCUAUAUCAUGCGUCCAGAUGAAAGCAAGGGUCAGUAUGUAGCAACACAACAGCCGCCGCAACCUCCACCGACGAUUCCCGGAUAUCCUUCAAUGAAGACCACCGGUAGAGCCAACUCAUCCUUAACCCGUGCAGUACUAGAGCAGCUGAAUCGGCAACGGCAG